AGAAAUAUAACAAAAAUGGCAAAAAGAAAAUAUAAGAAAGUUGGCGAGAAAGAAUAAAAUAUAAAAUAAUAAAAUAUAGGAUACUGUAACAGUUUAAUGCAUAUAGAAAUUAGAAGAAUACGUAAAAAUAUUGAUUUUUAGAAAUCUUACGAACAAGAUCCAAGAAUAAGAUUAGUUUGAUAGAAUGAGAGAAAUAAGUCUGAGGAUCCACUAGUAAGGAGAGGGGGAUCACUUGUUCCUUGAACAGUGCUUUUAAAAAAUUCAUCUAUCUGAUUGAUUUGAUGAGUCAUAAAAAAAUUCAUGGUUCAUAUGGUUAUUAAGACUAUAAAAAAGAAUAACCGAAUUGAAUUCAUGAAUUUACCUAAGUCAGGUUAUGGACCGAUAAAGAAUUUUUUUCUUCGAAACCCAUUAGAAAUUAGAAGGGCGGUGUACAAGAAAUCAAAUCAUACAUAAAUGAUAGAAGCUUCAAAGGCCCUGAAAAUGCUAUGAGGUGUUCGGAAAUGGUUGAAGUAGUUGAAUAGGAGGAUCACUAUGACUAUAGCCCUUGGUAAAUUUACCAAAGACGAAAAUGAUUUAUUUGAUAUUAUGGAUGACUGGUUACGGAGGGACCGUUUCGUUUUUGUAGGUUGGUCCGGUCUAUUGCUCUUUCCUUGUGCCUAUUUCGCCGUAGGGGGUUGGUUCACAGGUACAACCUUUGUAACCUCAUGGUAUACCCACGGAUUGGCCAGUUCCUAUUUGGAAGGUUGCAACUUCUUAACCGCCGCAGUUUCUACUCCUGCUAAUAGUUUAGCACAUUCUUUGUUAUUACUAUGGGGUCCUGAAGCACAAGGAGAUUUUACUCGUUGGUGUCAAUUAGGUGGUUUGUGGACUUUUGUUGCUCUCCACGGUGCUUUCGGGCUAAUAGGUUUUAUGUUACGUCAAUUUGAACUUGCUCGAUCUGUGCAAUUGCGACCUUAUAAUGCAAUCGCAUUCUCUGGUCCAAUUGCUGUUUUUGUUUCUGUAUUCCUGAUUUAUCCACUAGGUCAGUCUGGUUGGUUUUUUGCGCCUAGUUUUGGUGUAGCAGCUAUAUUUCGAUUCAUCCUCUUUUUCCAAGGGUUUCAUAACUGGACGCUGAACCCAUUUCAUAUGAUGGGAGUUGCCGGCGUAUUGGGCGCUGCUCUGCUGUGCGCUAUUCAUGGUGCUACUGUAGAAAAUACUUUAUUUGAAGAUGGUGAUGGUGCAAAUACAUUCCGUGCUUUUAACCCAACUCAAGCUGAAGAAACUUAUUCAAUGGUCACCGCUAACCGCUUUUGGUCUCAAAUCUUUGGGGUUGCUUUUUCCAAUAAACGUUGGUUACAUUUCUUUAUGUUAUUUGUACCCGUAACCGGUUUAUGGAUGAGCGCUCUUGGAGUAGUCGGUCUGGCUCUGAAUCUACGUGCCUAUGACUUCGUUUCUCAGGAAAUUCGUGCAGCGGAAGAUCCUGAAUUUGAGACUUUCUACACUAAAAAUAUUCUCUUAAACGAAGGUAUUCGGGCUUGGAUGGCGGCUCAAGAUCAGCCUCAUGAAAACCUUAUAUUCCCUGAGGAGGUUCUACCACGUGGAAACCUCUUUAAUGGAACUUUAUCUUUAGCCGGUCGUGACCAAGAAACCACCGGUUUCGCUUGGUGGGCUAGGAAUGCCCGACUUAUCAAUUUAUCCGGUAAACUACUGGGAGCCCAUGUAGCCCAUGCUGGAUUAAUCGUAUUCUGGGCCGGAGCAAUGAACCUAUUCGAAGUGGCUCAUUUCGUACCAGAGAAGCCAAUGUAUGAACAAGGAUUAAUUUUACUUCCCCACCUAGCUACUCUAGGUUGGGGGGUAGGCCCUGGUGGGGAAGUUAUAGACACCUUUCCAUACUUUGUAUCUGGCGUACUUCACUUAAUUUCCUCCGCAGUAUUGGGCUUUGGCGGUAUUUAUCAUGCACUUCUGGGUCCUGAGACUCUUGAAGAAUCUUUUCCAUUUUUUGGUUAUGUAUGGAAAGAUAGAAAUAAAAUGACAACAAUUUUAGGUAUUCACUUAAUCUUGCUAGGUAUAGGUGCUUUUCUUCUAGUAUUCAAGGCUCUUUAUUUUGGGGGCGUAUAUGAUACCUGGGCUCCGGGGGGGGGAGAUGUAAGAAAAAUUACUAACUUAACCCUUAGCCCAAGUGUUAUUUUCGGUUAUUUACUAAAAUCCCCUUUUGGAGGAGAAGGAUGGAUUGUUAGUGUGGACGAUUUGGAAGAUAUAAUUGGAGGGCAUGUAUGGUUAGGUUCCAUUUGUAUACUGGGUGGAAUCUGGCAUAUCUUAACCAAACCCUUUGCAUGGGCUCGCCGUGCACUUGUAUGGUCUGGAGAGGCUUACUUGUCUUAUAGUUUAGGUGCUUUAUCCGUUUUUGGUUUCAUUGCUUGUUGCUUUGUCUGGUUCAAUAAUACCGCUUACCCUAGUGAGUUUUACGGGCCUACUGGACCAGAAGCUUCUCAAGCUCAAGCUUUUACUUUUCUAGUUCGAGAUCAACGUCUUGGGGCUAACGUGGGAUCUGCUCAAGGACCUACCGGGUUAGGUAAAUAUUUAAUGCGUUCGCCUACCGGAGAAGUUAUUUUUGGAGGCGAAACUAUGCGUUUUUGGGAUCUGCGUGCUCCUUGGUUAGAACCUCUAAGAGGUCCAAAUGGUUUGGACUUGAGUAGGUUGAAAAAAGACAUACAACCUUGGCAAGAACGCCGUUCCGCAGAAUAUAUGACCCACGCGCCUUUAGGUUCGUUAAAUUCUGUAGGUGGCGUAGCUACCGAAAUCAAUGCAGUCAAUUAUGUCUCUCCUAGAAGUUGGUUAGCUACCUCUCAUUUUGUUCUAGGGUUCUUCCUAUUCGUAGGUCAUUUAUGGCACGCGGGAAGGGCUCGUGCAGCUGCAGCAGGAUUUGAAAAGGGAAUUGAUCGUGAUUUUGAACCCGUUCUUUCCAUGACUCCUCUUAACUAACUGAGACAAGAGAUCCAAUAGUUAAAUCGAUCUUAAAAAGUAUUCCUUUUUCCUUUCUUUUCAAUUCAUUUAGAUCUAAUCUAUUUUUUUCUGGCUCGGCUAUCCCAUCUAGCCGAGCCAUUUACAUUUAUGAUACUGGGCCGGUCAAAACCAAUAAAGACAUAAAUCUAUUCAU